CAUCGGAGCUUAUGAAUUUCCGAUGUGCCUGGUCUUGAAUUUUCGUGUAGCUAUCCAAACGAUAGCAAAGGACCGGGUUGCAAAGAGGUGCAUUGCACAUCAAGCCGCUGCCGAAACUCGCACCACUCACGAUAUGAUCAAUCUCUGAAGCUGAGGAUCCCAUCUCGAGACCGUCUGACUGACCUCCCUCCGCCGUCAUGGGGCAUCUCAAGCCCAUCUUUCGACCUCACCUUCGGCCAUGGCGCUCCGCCCUCUCGCUCCUCUCUCAUCAGACACCCCAAGCGCAACCCAAUAUCCGCCCCGCCGCCUUCUGCAUAAGCCGCGCCUCCUCCAGCCGGGCCAAAACCCCCAUAAUCCCAGACCCAACGCCGUUCUGCCCAGACGUCUCAACCUUCCUAACCCUCAUCGGCCGGGGCCUCAAGUCGCACGUAUCCAAGUUCCCGACGUGGGAGGCCCUCUUCUCCUUAACGUCUGACCAACUGCGCGAGCUGGGCAUCGAGCCGCCGCGGACGCGCCGCUACCUGAUCCAAUGGCGGUCUCGGUUCGCACGUGGACAGUUUGGCAUCGGGGGCGACCUGAAGUACGUCGAGGACGGGACGGCGGACCUCAAGAUUCUUGAGUACGCCAAGGACCCCCUGAACCCCAAGAAGUACGUCGUCAACGUGCCGCUGGGCAAGAGCGUGAAAGAGACACCGCAGGAGGAGCUGGCGAGGGUGUCCGGGUACAAGGUCAGGGGCGCUCGGACGAUUGUGGGACCGUAUGCGUUGCCGCUGAAGCAGGGAGAGGGGGUACGGAUUAAGAUCACGGAGGGUAUGUGGGAGAACAAGAGGGGUCGCAAGAUUGAUGGUGGUGAGAGAAGAAGGACGGAGGUCCGCUACAAGAAGCGCAUCCAAGAGCGUAGGGAGAUGCGGGAACGAGGCGAGAUCCCGUAGAUGCACUCCCAAUAGGUCAGAUCGAGAGUCAUUGUGUAAAAUAUUAGCAGAUGUGCAAAUAUUGUAU